CGGGCCGCCGCGGGGGAGCGAAGGAGCGGCCGCAUGAUGCCGGGGCGAGAGGCCGGAGGGGCCCCGGGCAGCUCAGGGCAGAUCUCCCCCUUGCCACCCCGUCCUCUCUUAGACUGGAAGCUCGAUGCGGGCAGCGAACGCGUCGACCGACGCUGCUGUAUCGGACUCUCCCGGGUGCAUAGUACAGUGCUCUCCACACGUUCCCGGCAAAGCGGCGACUCGACUGUGUGAGAGGAGGAAGGAGCAACGUCGUCCCCGAGCCGGAGAGUGGAGAUUCUGAAGGAGGACUCGAUGAACACGAGCAGAAUUGUCCAACUAGGACGAGUUCUAAGGGAUGAGGAAACUGAGGCCCAGAGAAGUUCAGCGACUUGCCCAAGAUCACCCAGCAGAUGCGGAGCCCGCGUCCCCACGGCCCGGCCGUGAUCUGAGGAGAGCUCCUCGCCGACGGACCCCGGCGUAGAGUCGGGGAAGCGCCCCCCCGACCCCCCAAGAUGGUCGGCAAAGUCAAGCAGAACCUGCUGCUGGCCUGCCUGGUCAUCAGUUCCGCGACAGUGCUCUACCUGGGUCAGCACGCCAUGGAGUGCCACCACCGCAUGGCCGACCGCGGGCGGGCGAGCCGGGCCCAGGGCCCGCGGGCCCCGCCGCCCACCGGCCCCGGCCCCCGGCCCAACAGGACCGCGGCCUACCACAAGGACAUGCCCCUGAUCUUCAUCGGCGGCGUCCCCCGCAGCGGGACCACCCUGAUGCGCGCCAUGCUGGACGCUCACCCGGACAUCCGCUGCGGCGAGGAGACCCGGGUCAUCCCCCGCAUCCUGGCCGUGAAGCAGAUGUGGUCCCGCUCCAGCAAGGAGAAGGUCCGGCUGGACGAGGCCGGGGUCACGGACCGGGUGCUGGACGAGGCCAUGCGGGCCUUCCUCCUGGAGAUCAUCGUCAAGCACGGGGAGCCCGCCCCUUACCUGUGCAACAAAGACCCCUUCGCCCUCAAGUCGCUGACCUACCUGGCCCGCAUCUUCCCCAACGCCAAGUUCCUGCUGAUGGUGCGGGACGGCCGGGCCUCGGUGCACUCCAUGAUCUCGCGCAAGGUGACCAUCGCCGGCUUCGACCUGGGCAGCUACCGGGACUGCCUGACCAAGUGGAACCGCGCCAUCGAGACCAUGUACAACCAGUGCGUGGAGGUGGGUUACGAGCGGUGCGUGCUGGUGCGCUACGAGCAGCUGGUCCUGCACCCCGAGCGCUGGAUGAGGAGCCUCCUCCACUUCCUGGGUAUCCGCUGGGACCAGGCCGUGUUGCACCACGAGGAGAUGAUCGGGAAAGCCGGGGGAGUCUCUCUGUCCAAAGUGGAAAGAUCCACGGACCAAGUCGUCAAGCCGGUGAACGCGGGGGCCCUCUCGAAGUGGGUGGGGAAGAUCCCCGCGGACGUCCUGCAGGACAUGGCCGCCAUCGCCCCCAUGCUGGCCCGCCUCGGCUACGAUCCCUACGCCAACCCGCCCAACUACGGGAAGCCGGAUCAAAAAAUCCUGGAAAACACAAGGCGGGUCUAUAAAGGCGAGUUUCAGCUGCCCGAUUUUCUGAAAGAAAAGCUCCAGACUGAUCCCGUGGAGUAGCCGACCCAGGAGACCCAUUGCACUCAUUGAGGAAAGACCGCUGCCUUUCCAUUGGAGGUGACAUCCUGGGGACCCCCUCGCCGAGAGCAGGCCCGAGUUCAUUCUGACCCGACCCCUCUCCCUUUCUCUCUCUCUCUCUGUCUCUCUCACACACACACAGAAAUCACACCACAUGUAUGUUCUAAGCAAACAAAAUUCGACAUUUCAGACAUUAACACUUUUCCCCGGGCAGAGCGAUCCGCUGCGGUCAGAAGAUGCCUCCCGGGCGGGUGGGGACGUCACCGGGAAGACCGCAGAGGGGGGCGACGGGAAGAGAAAGUCCCACCCGUCGUCCGUGUGGAAAGCGGGAUCUCCCCGUCCGGGUCUGGGGGCGGAGGUUCCUCGGGAAUGGUUCCGGGGGGCGGGCGGGGCCGCGGCUGUGCCUGUUUCGAUUCUCUUGCCGUGGAAGCGGUUGAUUCCCUUUUAAUUAUUUAAGGAAACGGGUUCUGAUCGAGAGGCUGGCAGUACAUGCACAUGGACAGUUCAAUGACUUUUGUAUUUUAUUUUUCAAAAUAAAUCUUUAAAUGUGA